AGCGCACACAGGAGUAGUAUAUGGGUCCGGGCCACCUCCUCUCUGAAUGCAGAAUGCAGGAAGCAGGAAAUGUCGCAGUGCAUGCCGGGGGUGGUAGUUUUCUCGUGUCUGUCUAUUAACACACCUUCCGGAGCCCAUGCUGAAGUGUGCGCCGUGAGGAUGAGGAGUGUCGCCUGUGUUUACCUCCUCCUACACGUGACCGGAGCGGGAUGUGAGCUGUACAGUCCUAUUACAUAAACCUCAUUUUAAGAAGAACUUAUCUGCCUUUUGAGUCUCUUAUAGAACCAUACAAAUCAGGACCAUGCUGUGUGUGGAGUGGAAUCACGUGGCAGAAAUGUGUCUGUAUCUGGAUGAUAUGAGUGAGGACAACAGGAUAAUGUGUCUCUGCUCCAGAGCUUUCUUUAAUGAUCGUGACCUGUACUAUUUGGGAUUUAAGGGAAUUGGCAGCAAUAAGAAGAAUCUCCAAGAUCUUGGAGAUCAGGAGGAUGAGGAGGAAGAUGAGCAGGAAGAGUCGGAGGUGUCCAAUGUUUCUGAUCUGCCUCUUGAGGAAGUAGAACUAGACUCUGAGUCUGAGCUAAUGCUGCAGAUGGGGCUCCCAGUGCAGUUUGGUGGAUCAUCAUAUGAGAAGAGUUUUGUGCAACCGGAAACUUGUGUGACUGCACCUAAGAUCCGUAAAAAGAAGAAGAAAAAGCCGAAAUGCUUUAAAGACCUAAAUGAAAGCCUAAAAGAGGCUAUGGAUGACCUUAAUGACAUCCGUGAAGAGGAUGAUGUCUCUACUAGCAUUGAUCAGUCUGAAAUUUCUGUAAUUACCUGUGAGAAAGCCGCUAAUCUAAAGCCAGCCACUGCAGAACCGGGCUCACAGGAGGCCUGGGAACAGUACUGGAAUCAGUAUGGGCAAAGUCUGCUAUGGCAAGGUUGGCUUACAAAGCAAAAAGAGACUGGCAUAUCAAGUGAAGAUUGCGACCCUGAGCCAUGGAAUUGCUCUGCUACCAAGGAGGUGUGGGCUGAGCAUUAUAGUGAAUCCUAUUGGCACUAUCAGGAGCAGUUUCAGUACUGGGCACAACAGGGCUGGACUUUUGAUGAACUUGGCGAUUGUAAAGGUAACACACAAGGAGCACAAGCUGCAGCUGAUGAUCAGCUCACAGACCAUACUGUACACCUACCCCUACCUUCCACAGAAGAUAUCGAUUGUCUCAGUGACUGCGUAAAUGCACUGAAGAACAUAAAUCUUGAUAUAAAGGAAAUCGAGAAAGACAGUAAACCUUUAAGUGUUAUUUACGAGAGUCAUCAGAUGCAGAACCCAGAGAGUCUUGAAACUCAAUGUCCUUGUGAUCCAGAUCAGAGGGAACCCAGAAAUGUUGGCACUGCGGAUAGGGAUGCAUCAUCUGGACACACUAAUACAAGCCAGCCAGUUUCACAAGUGUCAAGGAAUAUCUCACCAGAUGGCCAAAUACCAUAUAAUGGACGGGACGAUGAUGAGGAUGACCCUCCAGAAUGCAAACAGGCUAAAAUCAAGAGAAGCCAUGAGCUGGAUGCAGAAGAGAACCCUUGUGAGGUGGCUGCUGAAGUCUCCACUGUUUUGGGAUUAAAGCAUGGCACAGGACAGAAGUAUGGGGGGAUUCCACAUUUCAAGCAUCGGACUCUGCGCUACCUGGAGAAAGGCAUCAGGCACCGCUCACACUUUCUUGACAUGCACAAGCCAGUGAGGAACAAACACAUAUUCUUCUCCGAAGAGUCAGAAGUGAAACCAAGAAAAAGUAAAACUGUAAACAAGGUACAAAAAUUUCUAAAAAGGAUCGAUGAACCUGCGGACGAAAUAUUAAAUGGAAAGGUUUCACCACCAAAGGUGGAUGAUUCCCCCAGCUCCUCAGAUUCGGAAGGUUUGGAUCAUUCUAAUGUUGGUGAACCCACAGGUCAAUGCAAGCAGUGUGAUGUUAAAGAUCUGUCUGAGGGAAAAGAACUUAUUAAUCAACCUCAACCUCCUGAAUUACAAGACUGUGUUAUCACUUCUGACUCUAGUAUGCUGGACAGCAGAGGGACGAACUCUAGCUUACCUUCUUACGCCAUCUGGUGUUCAGACCCUGCAAUUACCACAGAACAACACUCCGAUCCUGACACACACGCUUCUACACGACAAUUGGUCUCUUUAGAAAUUCCAGACUAUCUGCAGGUUGGAGCGGAAGAAAACGAAUGUGGCUCCUUUAGUAAAGUUGGAGACAAGUGCAAGAAAAAGAAGAAAAAGCAAAAAAAGAAGCUUCAGUCUCUGCCGCCAGAAAUAUCUGCUGAUCCUCACCUCGCCAAAUACUGGGCUCAGCGCUACAGGCUCUUCUCUCGCUUUGAUGAAGGGAUUAAACUUGAUGAAGAAGGUUGGUUUUCUGUUACCCCAGAAAAAAUUGCAGAACACAUUGCACACCGUGUGAGGCAAUACAUCAAUGGAGCUGUCGUCGUGGAUGCUUUUUGUGGUGUCGGCGGGAAUGCCAUUCAGUUUGCCUUAGCAGGAAUGCAUGUCAUUGCUGUGGACAUUGACCCUGUGAAGUUGGAUCUGGCUUACAACAAUGCAAUGGUGUACGGAGUAGCAGAUCGCAUCGAGUUGAUCCGCGCUGAUUUCAUGUGCGUCGCUCGUGAUUUGAAGGCAGAUGCGGUUUUUCUCAGCCCGCCAUGGGGAGGCCCUGACUACGUCAGUGCAGAGACAUUUGAUAUCAAGACCAUGAUGUCUCCUGAUGGCUUUGAAAUUUUUCAGCUUUCCCAACAGAUUACAAAAAAUAUCAUUUAUUUUGUACCACGCAAUACAGAUGUGGAACAGGUGGCGUCUCUUGCAGGCCCUGGUGGACAAGUUGAAAUAGAACAGAAUUUCCUUAACAAAAAGUUGAAGACUAUGACUGUGUAUUUUGGAGACUUAAUCCGAAAAAUGUGAAUGCACAUGUUUCUGGGAAGCUUAUAAAGCCGAAUGUAGAAGGUAUUUUAAUGUCUGUGGACAAGAGGUUUAUAUAAAAAAAAAAAAAAAAAAAAAAACUUUUUGAUAUUCUAUUUUAAAAUGUUUAUAUCCCAAGACACUUGUAAGAUAAUGUAACAUGUAGAAUAAAUGUAAUUUACCAUUAACCAAAGUAACCACAAACUGUUUUGAAGCUAAAGGUAUAUGAAAUUCUUUCAGUCUUAUUCUUCUCCUUUUAGCAACUGUGAAGAGUAGAAAAAAGAAGUGAUCCAAAGUAAAAAUAUGUGAUCUUAGAGACUGCUGCUGCAGGCCUUGUGCUGCCCUUAUCUAUAUCCAAUAAGUAAAAUUUAUUAGUGUAAAGCGGUAUAAUUCUGCACCUACAUACCCUUAGGCACCAACUUGUAGGCAUUAAAGGAGUACUCCACUGCUCAGCGUUUGGAACAAACUGUUCCGAAUGCUGGAGCCAGCGUCGGGAGCUUGUGACAUCAUAGCCCCUCAGCCGCCACACCCCCUCCCAUAGACUUGCAUUAAGGGGGCGGGGGCGUGACGUCAUGAGGGAGCAGGGCUAUGACGUUACAAGCUCCCAGCGCUGGCUCCAGCCUUCGGAACAGUUUGUUCCAAACACUGAGCAGCGGAGUACCCAAUUAAGGAGUAGUAUGAGAAUAGAAAAACAUGGCAACUUUUUCUUAAAGCACAGUACCAGUCUGUUGUGUUUCCAGUUACUUGAAUGAAGCUGAGCUGCAACACCUGACACAUCCUUGUUUUUCUCGCUUUGUAAAGGAUGUGAAUUACACAAACAGGGUUGUUUUUGGCUUAUUAAAGAGGUUCUGCGGGGAAAUAAGACUUAUAAGUUUUAUUUCCCCAUAGUACCCCGAAACGUUGCUAUAUUUUGUGUAUCUAAAUAGAGGAAGUGAUUAAUCGACUUAUCGUCUAUCCACAGGAUAGUGGUAAGUGACUGAGUACGGGGGUCCUUGAGUGGCCUCUAAGUGCAGGCACUGUCUCUCCUUUCAAUCUUAGUAGAAACUAGAAUACUUAGUUUGAGAAGAACAGCAAUACUCAUACAAGAAGUCAAAUGGGCACCCAAGACCACUGUUCAUGUGAUACCUGGGGAUCCCAGUGGUCGGACCCCCAUUAAUGAGACACUAGAUCACUUUUAUCUUGUGGACAUAAGCUAAGUGUAUUCAUGGGCCUGGCAGUCCCAUCCCCCACCUUGAUAAAUGUAUAUGCUGUCAGUUGUCAAUCAUUAGGGAAGGAAGCAGUAAAAUAGCUGGGCUGUGAAUACAAUCGAAGAAAAAUCUGCUUCUAAAAGCCUUUUCAUUUCCAUCUGUAAAUAGGAGCUUUUAUCGUAUUAAAUCUUUACGUUGUAAGGUUUGCUGUAAUGUUAGUAAUUUUGCGUCAAUGAAAACCAGUUUGGUUUUUUAUGUGUAUUGUUUAGUGCUCUUGUUUUUCUACAUAGCUUUUAUGUGAUUGUGCCAUAAAAUGGAGAACCCUGGUCUUACAACAAUCAUCUGUUCAUUUUGUAAAAAUAUUUUGAAAUAUGUUGAAAAGUAAAUUUUUUGCAGUAAAUAAAUUGUUAUAUUGCAUAAUAAAAUUGUUGCC